GAAUCUUCUAUCAGUAAUAUCUGAACAUAACGCGAGUGAUACGUGGAUUUAUCUGCUGUGGUAUUUGCUUCGGCAAAUGGCGCAUGUUCAUUUCGACCGGCCACUUGGAGGAAGUUGUAGAGGUUGUGGAAAUCUAAACUUCUCACGAUUUGGCCUCCAUAUCUACUCUCAGCUUCGAACUAAAGCUCUUAAUUUUCGUCGAUUGGAAUUUCUGAGUUUCCGAUAGCCAUUUCGAUCUCUGGCAUCUCUUUUUUGCUGAUUUUCAAUCUACAUACAAAUUUAUCUUUCACCAUUAUUUCGACUUUUGUCGACUUCAGAGUGUUUCCGACGAGAUCAGGCUUUGUGCCCUAACUGGGACGCUUUGUGUCGCUUUGAAGGCAACGAUUCUUUACGCGUGCAGUGCACAUCGAAUAGUUUUUUUAGGAUAAUUAUGGUUUUAUCACUAUUCGGAAGUUCCCGAGGUAUAGUAAAACUGCGAAAUGUAUUAGCUAUUAUCUACAAGACUUCAGUUUUAUUUAUCGCAAACUUGUUUUAAUUUUAUAAUCUGUGAUGGUGUUUAUCAUAUAUUAAUAAAUCUGUGAGGUGUGCGUGUGUGGUGGAUUUUUAAAAAGAAGUUAUGUGCGCGUGUUUACCACAGAAGAAUGUGCAAAAUGAUAAAAAGUGUAUUUUUUUACACAAAAUAGUGAAUAUACGAAGAUUCAUAAAUAAUAAAAAUGACGCAGAAUGCAGCGUCAUUUUGUAUGACGUCAUUUUGAGUUUCAAGAUUUGUUAUCUUAGCAACGUGAAAUUAAAUGUCACAUUGGAGAUUCGGUUAAGAUUCGAAGAAACAUGAAAAUUUAUAUUUGCUAUAAUAUAUUACUAAUAUACAGUGCGCUUCAAGCAACGCAUGAUGUUGAAAAGUCAAAUAACGACAUUUUAUGCUAAGUAGCACAAAAUCUAAACACAAGGUUCAAUGCAAGUUCGAUAAGUUUCCGGUAUAUGUAUAUUAUGCAGCCCACAUGCGCAUAAUAAAUUUGUCUCGACGGCACAAUUAACGUGGCCGCAACGGCGCUGUGUCGUGCGCUGAAUACGCUUGAACACGUCUGAACGCGUUUAACGUAAAGGGAAGACGUGUUAAAUAACACUAGGAAUAAAUAUUACCGCAAUAUCCACCUCAAUUUAUUCGCUCGCGAUGCAAGAUAAAUCUUUCUAAACCUAAGCGUUUUAUACGAAGGUUAGGGAUUAAAAUUUUGCAAAAUCAAAUCGAAGGAAGUAUAGUGUCUUGAUAAAAAUUUUAUUUCGCCAAAAAAUUAAAUUUACGGUAAUUGCAUAUUUUAUAUAAAUUCUUCGCGCUCUUGGAAUCGAUAUAUUUAGAGGUGUGUUCGCGCGCAUAUUAAUUAACAAUUUGUCUUUCACUAUUGUUCUUUGAUGCAUCGUGCAUAAAUGUCACUUGGCUGAGCAACAAAUGUUUUCCCACAUGAGUGGCGAUUUGUUUAACAAUAUGUCACGCUCGCAACAAAUAAAUACGGCUUCUUAACGCUAUAUUUGCGGAUCGAUUCUUUAUUUGAAAACUACACUAUUCACGCAUAAUCCAAAUGAAUGAACGACUAUGUGUUCUAGCACGUGUAUCGUUCAUCACAAAAACCUUCUUAAUGUAUUACCGUACGUUUUUGAAUAAAUCUAAGAUGAUUAAUUCAAUUGCAUAAAACAGUGGUGAAGAACCGUCCUUAAACACUGAAAAGGUUGCUUUCGUGUGACAAACAGAUGCGCUCCAUACAGUGAAAGGGGUUGAUUGGAUCAAUAUCCAUCUUACACCUGGAGCACCACCAUGAUUAGCUAUAGCUUUGGUGGGAAAGUUUUUACGUGUAUUACAACGAAAACUAGGGAUAUCAUUUACGUGCGUACGCUUAAUGCGACUGCGUGUACUAAUAUACAUGGUGUUCUGUAUGUUACCUUGUAACAAAAUGUGUCAGAUUUUGUAUACACGGUAAUAACAUUUUGUGCAUUUAAAUCACAUGAUAAUGUUUCUGGUAUGUAAUCGGCGUGUAAUAUCACGAAUGAUAGCCUCGCUCUUUGAUGCGAAAUCAAUUGCGGCCUGAUUUAAAACGCAAAGUCACGAGACACGUGGUUGUCCUUGAACAAGACUCGAAGUCGCCAGACGAAAUUCAAAUUGAGAAUAUUCGAGAAAUCUCCCGAGCCGUCGAUCCUGUCCGAGAGCCGUCGAUCCUGUCCGAGAGCCGUUUCGUUUCACGAAAGAAAACCGGCCUCCCUCUUAAAUCCGACGCAGUGCGUUAUGAUUCACCCUGUAUGCAAUGCGAACAACUGCGGUGACAAAGCGUGCAGAAUUGUCGGAAAAUAAUCGAUCGUCAGCGAGGUGUACGCGCUUGGUCGAAGCGCGGCAUCGUCAUUCGGUCCCUCUGCCGAAGAUUGGACGCUCGUCGAAGGACGUUCGCGGCGCUCCGAUUCUCGUUCUAGAGCCCCAAGAAAAUUUUGUUCAAGUGCAAACGGACGUACGGACGGCUGCGUGUUCGGGACAAAGAGAGAGGCGACUCCCGUGCAUUCUCGCAUGGGGAUACUCCGUUAUUCCGUCGUGAGAACGGAAUAGAACGUGAAAAGAAAGAGAGAAAAGGAGAGAAAUUCCAAUAAAUCGAAUCGGAACACGAUAUAUAUAUAUAUGUAUAUUUGUAUAUAUAGAUAUAUAUCUGGACAAGCGCGGUAGCGAUGCCAUUUGGUGGUCCCGCGAUCGAGGAGUGUGGUCUGUAUCGGCGAUGACGCACGAUACAUAGGUAUUCAUCAAUCGCACGAAUUCGACGAGAGGUCGAAGCCUCUUUCAAAAUGGAAGUAGAGCCGUGAUAGAAAAUGGUGCCUUUUGCCGCUACGGCUAUGAUUGUGAGCAAAUUGCGGCGCGUCUGGUGAACGACAGAUAUUACACCGUUCUACGAUAAGUAGGCGGUUUAAUGCAAUCGGUAUUAAUCGGCGGGAAGUAAGAGGCCUGCAUGCUGUGCUUACGCGUGCGCGAAAUAUUCGCAGACUCUCCGAGGAAUCGGAAUAAGGCGAACGGCACCAAAGUUGCUUAUCGAGGGUCUCGUUUGAAAGCGAAACUACUCGCGGCGAGAGAAAUCAUGAAAUCUGUAAUGUUUUCAGUGCUUUUCCGAGGCUUCGUUGACGAGCGAACGGACGUCUUUGCGUCUAACGAAUGAAAGAUGUUGAUAAAUAAUUAACGACGAGAUCGCUCGACCAUGUCGCGUCCUCGUCGAGUCGCGACAGUUCAAAUCUCGCGUGCCGUUAUUGCUUGUGGUAAUUAUGUCAAUGUUGAUCAACAACAGGGAACAAGAUGGACGAAUACAGCAAAAAGUUUGCGGAGAUGCAAAAGUACAUUCCGUUCCUGGAAGCGAUGAUCGAGAGGCUGCAGAACGUUAAGGACAAGGACAAUCGGGAGAUUCAAUUACAGAAGAUGCGAGGUCUCCACGGGAUUCUGUCGAACAGCAAGGGACAGUUGAAGAUGGAGACAUUGCAACGGUGCGAGGAUGUUUUGCAGAAACUGCACAGUAAAGUAGAAAAGUUUCAGGGAAAUGCACCCGGUUUACAAUUGCCGUUUAAGCCAAAUGAUGGCGUCAUACCGCUACCUUCGACUUCGUCGGAGAGAUCCCAACGAAGUAAGGAAGCGGGGCAAUCGCAAGACGCAGAUCAGAGCAAAGAAAUGGACGAGACACCAGAGAGUCCGGACACCGUGAGAUCUUCCAGUCCCGAUUGCCAAAUUCUGCCUAUAAUAAUCCCAACCGAACGCACGGAGUUGGAGAAUAGAAACAAAAGACAAAAACAACGUCCCGAAGAAAUACCGGUUAUUACGCUUUCAGAUAGUAUAAGAACUGUAACUAUCUCGUCGGAGACAGAUUCGAAUUCGGAUGAUGUUGUGUUCACCGAAUGGGACAUGUUGGAACAGUCGGAGAGGCAUAAUCCAAGCAACAGACGAAAUGUCCAGUCUCUUGGACAACCUCCAGUGGCUGCUACCAGUCAUGAUGUAGCGACUGCUGCGAAGUUGAUCAGUAACAGCUUACCGCAAAAAGUCAGCGACAGUAGAAACUAUUCGUUGAACCCGCAAGAUAUACCGACCGUUCCGGUGCCUUCUCUCGGUGGUUCCAGACGAUUAUCCUCUAUUCUAGAGAAAAAUAGGCUGAAUUUAGACAUGAUGGUCGCCAGUACCUCUAGACCAGAAUCACCUGUGAAUGUUCCCGAGGUGAGACUCAACUCUCCCGAUCCCGAAAUAUUGUUCGCAAAGCCUAGGGCCUUGUCGCCCAGACCGAAGGACAGCCAUAACACGUCGAAACCACCGCCGAAACCGCCAUCGAUACCGCUCCUGUUCUCGCCGCCACCUUUGUCGCACGAGCCUCCGUUGUCCAUGGAAGAUUUGGCGGAACUGUUGAAUGACGAAGGCGUUAGCGAGAAGAGUGAUAAAGCCGGUGAAAAUGCUGCAAAGCAAAAAGAAACGGAUAAAGUGUCGAAAAGUGUCUCACUGUCGGAAAAAGAGAAACUUACCGCCAGAAAAAAUUUGCCAAAUACAGCAGGAGUCUCGUCCACGAAAUCACCUCAUCAAUCGAACGAUUUUCAGCGAUCGCAAGCGUCUUUUUCGGGUUCCAAGUCCCAAGAGCCACGUUAUGCAGAUAAUUACGAGAGGCAUCCGCGUCAACGUGACGCUCACGCUCAUGAGAGCGCGAAAGAUAGGGUGAUUACUAUUUCUGACGACAGCCCGUCUCAGAUACCAGUUAUUCAUAGUACCGCAAGCAAGCCGGACGAAAGAAAUGCUACGUUGUAUCAGAGACGUCCAAGCGUACCGGAUGGACGAGAGGACAUCAAUCUAUCUAGAACUGAGAACGAAUUUAUGAUAGAUAACAGCGACUAUUACAGUAUGCACCCUAAUCAGAUGCAUUGGGCUCCUCCUACGGUUCCUGGUGACCAUCAAUUCGGCAACACGCAAUGGACAUCUUCCCCCUAUGGCGGAAUGACCAAUCCACCACUGCAACCACCAUUGCAACCACCACUGCAACCACCACUGCAACCACCACUGCAACCCACUCAGCAUUCCUUUCCACGUUCGCCGAUGGAGCCACAGUUCAGGCAAAAUCAGUUCCCACCGACUGUACCCACUGGUCCCAGACCGCAUAUCAAUCCCAUAGUGAGACCGGAAAAUAUGCGGGAGGAUAUACCUCCUAUGGUACCUCCCGUUUUUCCAUCACAAUAUAGAGGCUUUCAGAUGGGCCAAGGGUCUUACGAUCCAGCCUUCCCUGUUGGCAGACCAACGGAAUAUCCGCACGUAAGACCGUCAUGGGAAGGUCUUGCCGGUAGGAUAAGCGACACUACUUAUGAUAAUGUGAUUCCUUGUGGAAUUCAAACUCUAGAUUCCACAGGAAGUUCGUAUCCGCGACCCAAUACGCCUUGCCCUUGGGGUACACGUGACAGGGGUAACAGAAGCCAAGGAAGGGACGGAUACUAUGACAGAAACAGGACGGAGGUGAGGCCCGGUUUCAAUCGUGAUGGGCGCCGAACCGAUUGGUCGCGAGACGGCCACUCUGAUCGAGAGAAUUCGAAUCGUUUCCCAAAUCGAGAUCCACGGGUUCGCACAGAACAUAACGCAGCUACCGGUCAGGCCAAAGAGACCGGUGCUUCCGCCAGAGAUCCACGCCUUGCCAAAGAUAAACAUGCGAACGUGUCAACCAAAGUCAAAGACACUGUUCACAAUGAGAGGGAUCCCAGAAAACGGCCGGUAACGGCGAAUGCUAAAGAAAAACCGACGGCGCAGAAAUCGCCUGAAAAGGAGAAAGUGGACAAGCUGCCGAAAGAUAGAAUGCAAUCACCGCUAGAGAGUCUUUACGGCGUGAUUGACACGAAGGUUAGUCAGAAUUCGGGUUUGCAAAAGUUCAAAAUUCCAAAAAUCAAGCGAUCGGAACCGCCACAAUCAACUCGCGUUGCUGAAACGAAAAAAGAUGAAAACACCUUCCCGAGUAAAACGUGGCGUAUAAAGAGUAGCAGCAGCAGCAAGAACAAUAAAUCGGAUUCCAAGAGUAAGAGCAAGGACGUUGCGAGUGCCGAAGUGAGCAGCAGUAGCGACGGUAAUCGUGUAACGGAGAAUUCGGUCCAGCAAAGCAAUGUUGCAAAGGAGAAAAAGAUUCCUUCAUCUUCAGAAAAAUGUGAUAAAAAUGAGCCAAAGAUUGGCGAAGCAGACUCGAUGACCAACAGUUCCAAGUCCAGUAAUAUCACAAAGAAGGGUAAGAAGAAGCAGUCAGAAGCGGACGGAUCGAAAGGCAAGGAAGAGGUGACGCAGGAAUGGAUUGAAGAACUUAUCAAGAAGUCAUUUGAAUCCGGAGAAGGCAAGAAGCUGGUAAGCUUCGAGCAAACAAAAUUUUUACGAAAGCUCGGGGAGGCGCUAAAGCCAAAAAAGUUAGAAAAGCUUAAGAAGAUCAUUGAGUCUGAGUCCGAGAGCAGUUCGGACAAGGAUGAAACGGUCGAAGCAACAAAGAUUAGUACCAAGAAAAAGAGGCGAAUAAUAAAGUCGGAUAGCUCGGAUGAUGAAUGUCUUGCAGAUAUUUUAACUACUGACGUGAACGUCGAGAAAGAGUCGGUAUGUCAAGAUUCUGCAGAUUCUAAACAUUCAGAAGAAACACUGGAGACAUCAGCACCCAGUAAUAAUUUGAGCAAAGAGAUCAUUAAAAAUAUUACCACGAAGAAAAGUAACGAUUCAUUAAAGAUUCGUGGCAAGGAGCGCGUUCAAAUAGAUAAUAAUAAGACCAAAGGUACGCGAUUGGAGAAAAAGAAUGAUCGUUGUAAGACUAAUCAAUUAGAAGAUGACAAUGAAAAUACUGAUGUCCCAUCAGAAAGUGAAAAACGAAUCAGUAGUAAUAGAUCAGAGGAUAGUGAGCAAAAGAAGAAACAAAACGAAGAUAACCAGGAUAAAGUCGAUCAAAGUAUUCUAGAAAAAUCGAAGGACAGUACAGAAAGUAAUAUAGAAUGUGCGGUUCAGAAUAGUACAGAAAGUUCGGAUCAGAAUAAAGAUCGGACCAAGCAAUCUGUUACCGAUAAUGCGGAUAGCCAAGAAGUUUCGACUGAUAAACCAAAGACAAAGACCAAGAGAAGAAAUUCUCUGGAAAUGUUGCAGGAGGAUAUCAGAGAAAUGUUCAUUAGUGACGACGUAGUAACGGCGACAGGUUUUCGGAUGUGCAGAUUGUCGAAGGAGAAUCAGUCGCCCUCGAGGAUGAGUCCGAGCACGGUAUCGACAAACUCUAAAAGGGACGAAACUGCUGAAAAGAAGAUCGCGGAGACGAAUAUAGCAACGAAUGAGUUGAUAGCGAGCGCCAAGUCGAGGAAAAAUUUAAGAUCUCGCUAUGUCGAAGAGUCGAACAAACCGACAGCCAAGAGCAAGAAUGAUGCCAAACGGACAACUCGCAGUUUAUACUCGAAAAAAUUGAUUAUAAGUUCCGACAGUGAAGAGGACCAACCAUUGGCUCUGCGAACAGAAAAGUUGCUGAACAAUGCUGGCACUAGCAGAUCGAAUCAAGAAAUGGAUCACAGUGAGGAAAGCAAUGACACACUUCGCAGAUCUAGACGUGUCCUAUAUAAAGAUAUUAUUAAGGAACCGCGAGUGCUUGUGGAAAAGACGGAUCUUACGAAGAUAGACUUGUCCAGAACAAUGUUCGAUAGCUCGUCCGAUGAGAGUUUUGGUAUAGACGUAUCCGAAUUAGCCGCGGCGGUGGACAACUCUCUUCAACGAGACAAGCAGUCCGAUCAGGACUCGAUAGACACGGUGAUUUCGAGACCGCGGAAAGACUCGAAGAACACCGGUAAACGAAGUUUGAAGCCGAAGAAGCCAUUUACUGAUUGUUUACUCACCGACGACAAAAGCAACGACGAUAUGUCUUUCACGGACGAGGAGAGCGUGGUGUCAGACACUUCCAUAUUGAGCAAUACAAAUGUCGGGCGAGGAACGAGCAGUGGCGCAGCUAGGACGACCAGUAGGGAGGAAUUAUUGAGCAACAUUCUAAUAGGGUUGGUGCCAGAACAGAGUACGUUGAUCGACAAGGGUAACGAAGCCGACUUCGAGGAGGAUGUGAAUGAUCCGCUGGCUAUUGAGCCAGUUGCGAAAAAAUUGACGAAAAAGAAGAAAAAGAAAUCCAACUGGAAGAUGGGCAUAGUAUCUACUAAGAAGAAAAAGAAAAGACCCAUUUCGGGAGCCGCCUCCAAAACUGCGUCUUCGACGAGUGUCGAAGAGACGAAUACCGGAACGAAUGUUUCAACGGAUACCGUAGAAGCUAAUCAAUCGGCAUUGGAAGAUAAAAAUCCUGAGGUGGAGAAAACUCCUGAAAAGAUUCUUGGAGAUACCUAUAUCACUGACGAUGCAAAUAUAAAUAUAAUGAAUUCUAUAGUGAAAUGCGAAGAUAUUAAGCCACUUGUAAAUAUAUUGAAUAGCUUCGACGUAGAUUUUAAAGAUUUAAGCAAUUUUACCAAUUUAUCAGAGUCCACGGAUACAUCAAUGCUUAGAGAAGCGCUCCUUAAUGAUUCCACCGAGGAGAAUACAUCGUCGACAAAAAUGGACUUGAAAGAGGCAGAAUCUUCAAAUAGCGCUAACCUUACUGCAGCAAGUAGCGCUGGUCUUACUGCCACUAUUCCAAAUAAUAGAUUUUUCAAAGAACCGCCAAAGAUUGUUUACGACGAGCAAAUGGCAGAACUGUCCCGCAGGAUAGAGAUCAAACACCUGAUAGAUUAUUGCUGGAUGGGUCAGGACAAGUACAAAUGUCUAUUGUGUAUGUUUACCGGCAAGAACAUCGUUCACCAUUACAAGAUUACUCAUUACGGCAGGGAAGUACUUAUCUCACGUCUCAAAUCAACAGACGCUCAGGACGCGAUUAUGGAUACCGAGCGUGAUGCAACUGCUUCAACAUCUUUGGCAGAAGCGGGUCAGAUGUCCAAGUUUUGCUGCAGGUUCUGUUGUUUUGUUACGGAAGGCGCAGCUGACGUGGCACUCGAGGCGUUCUACGAGCACUGUACGACGCACACGGGCGAAUAUAGGUUCCACUGCAACAAUUGUUCUUACCAGGCGGUGGCCAAAGCGUCCAUGAGAACACAUUAUUACAAAAUGUGUCGCAAAGACAAAUCAUUCAACGAGUCUGCAUCUGAGGACAUCGUACCGAGGGAGGGUGGCGUUUAUGGCUACCUAUGUUGCAGCUGCAAUUAUGUACAGCUGAAGCGACAAAACGUGGAAAUCCACGUUGCGUUCUGGCACCGAGAUCAGAUGGACACCAAGAUCUUGAAAAUUAAUAUGUCGGCGGUAACUCCCGAAAAGAUUACGAGUAACAAUGAGCAAUCGCACGAGUCGACGUCUACUAACGCCGAGGAGUCUUUCACCGUGGAAACAAAGCCGCCAUUGAUGGCUAUCGCGAGGCCAACGGAGUUCGAGGGCAAUGAUGACACCAGAAUUCUGUGUGAACCAAAAAUAGAGCAAAAUAUUCUGAUCAAGGAGGAAGAAAGUGAGGAAAGACCGAGGCUAUCUCAAGAGGAACCGGAGGGGUCGGUGAGCACCGGUAAUCUAAGCGUAUUCGUUUGCCCACCUGAGCUGGAAAACAAAGAGAUCGAGAUACAGCGCGAGCGGCAGAAAACCAUGGCAGAGAUCGCCAAUGACAUCGGUAUUUUACCGAUGUUAAAAAAUCCUAAACCGGGUUUGUCCAUAACAGAUAAGCUGCAGGACAAGAUGCGCACGGACGCGGUUGUCAGUCCCGAAUGUAACGCGUCGGCGGACAUUCCGGGAACGAGGAAAGACCCUUCGUUGCCUCUUGUGCGUCUGUCCGCAGAACCUCUGAUAACGGAGGAGUUAAUCACGGGGGAUCCUCUAAGUCAGCCGAGCAGUCAAGAGGAACCUUUGAAAACCGAGGAGUUAAUCAUCAAGGAGGAUCCCCUGAGUCAGCCCAGCAGUCAAGAGGAUCGCCUUUCUUCUACGGAGGGACAAUUAGCUGCCGAUAAGCCAGAAGUGACGAAGAAUGGAGAUGACAAGGUGGACAUGAAAAUCCGGGAUCCUCUUACGAGCAUGGACCUGGGCAAAGGCAACGACAACGACGGCGAGAACAGCGACAACGAUCGCUCAGCGCCAGUCUUCGAAUCGGACUCCAGCAGCGAGCAAUCGGACUCUGAGCAGACUGACGUUACUACGAUCCUGAAGGAGACUUCGAGCAUAAACUUGUCCUCGUCACAGGACCUGAUGCUGACGACGAUACAGAGGCUGGCUGCGCAGCUUCAGAACGUUAAACCGUUGGAGCUGGUUCCCGAGCUCAGUAUUAAAACUGAGAUCAAGACCGAGCCUGUGUCGUCGAUCCCGAAACCACCGGACGUCGUGUCGAUCGCCAGUGUCAAACGUUUGCUAUCGAAACAACAAAACGUCAAGCCUGCGAAGGAAAUGUUGACACCGUCGUCGCCCAAGUAUGCCAGUCUGCCCAACAAUUUUCUUAGAUUUCGGCGAUUGAGCGGCGACACGUUGUCUAUGCCGACGCAGUUUUCGGAUAAUCAAGAAGAUGCGCAAGAAUUCAAUACGGAUGGAGCUCAAUCGGAUAGUGCAGUAGACUCACUGCAAACCGACGCGGAGGAAGAAUGCCCGUUUUUGAAAAUCGAAAACGUGGUUAGCCUCGCACGGCCCGAUCAGAACGAGAGUCUUAUUGUAAACAACAUUAGAAAAGCGAUGGAGCUCUCGCCUACAAAGGGCAAAGAUAGUAUAUCUAUUUUAAGGAGACACCCAUUCAGCCAACCGUUAAUAUUGAAGAAAAAUGUCUCACAGCUGUUAAUAAAUACGAACGUGCAAGCUUCGAAGGUGCAACUGGUGGCUUCGUCAACAAGUCCAUCGACAAGCCCCUCGACAAGCUCAACCUCGAAUAGAUCAAGGAAAAUCAGAGUGAUACCUUUGCCGACUAACCCUAAGGACGUAUCGCACUCGCCCUUCGCGAUCAAAUUGAAGUCUGUCGAUUCUUACGCGCUAAUGAUGACGGAGCCAAAGCUGGCUCACUUCUACAAGUGCAUGGGCCGCGAUUGCUCUUACACUACCGACUCGGCCGCACAAUAUAACCAGCACUAUCUUCAGCACGAGGAGGCCAACAAGCAGAGUAGUACGCUAUCGAACGAUUAUAAGAAGUGCGCUUAUUGCUACGCAUCUCCGGACGACUGGCUUACUAUGAAAUCUCACUUGUUGGAUAAACACAGCCAUUGCCAGUACCAGUGCGGUUACUGCUUUUAUCGAGCCAUUAUACCGGCCUAUGUGCAACAACAUCAGACCGUUUGUCAUCCCAGCACCGUAUUUUAUUAUUUAUUAGGCAAGCCGCAAAAGUCGGCCCAGAAACAAGAAUUAGUCAAUCGCAAAGAUUAUGUAAAGCCUUUUAUAUGUAUACAAGAUUGCAACAAAAUCUAUUACAUACGUGAAACAUUUACCACACACUUAAAGAAACAUUCAACCCUCGUGUACAAAUGUCAUAUCUGCAACGUUGCGCAUACUACGACAGAAUCCCUUUUAUCUCAUUACAGCAAGUCGCACGGAUUGUGCAAAUUUCAAUGCUUAUAUUGUUUUUUUGGUGCCGAGAGUCUAGCUGAAGCAUAUCAGCAUUUAAGCACCGUACAUUACAAUCGACUGCCUCAGGUUCUGGAGCGUUCACUUCCACCAAAGCCAUCACGCCACGUGGAAGUUAUACAUCAACUCGUACUGCGAACUUUCCACCAUGUAUUAAAUGAAGGAAACCGUAGUUCAAAUGUUAAAGAUUCUAAAAAGACUACACCUAAGGAAGACGCAACAAACGAUCAAAUCCCUACAGCUUCGUUAACUGUUAAAAUUGCUUCAAAUAAAACUUGGUCUAAUCUGCCAACUAAUGUAAAGAAGGAUAAUUUCGUCGGGGCAGUUAGUGAUAACACAGAAGUUAACGCUAGUAUUUCUAAUAUCUCAACAAAACAAUCUGCAGAUGCGUUUCUUGCCAGUACCAGUAAAAAACCGAGUAACAAAAGUGCUGAAAAACAGCCUGUGCAGAGUGAGUCGUUCCAGCAAUCGGAGAUGGGAAAAUUAAGUAACUAUGUCACAAAUCAAAUUCUUCAUGAACCAGAAUUGGAGCUGUCAUCGUCCAUAAACGAGUCCGACGCGAUUGACCCGCUAGAAUUUUCGGGUGAAUUCAAUUGCAGCGACGAAUUCGUAAAUACCAAUCUUCUCGAUAAUGCGGAACUCCUGAAGAAUUUCACACCCAAUUCCGAUAACAUGUUCUCUAAAUCUGUGGUCAAAACCACAGAAGACAGUGACAUCGAGAUCUUGGACAGCGAGGAGAAAGUAGCCGCGCGAAAUGUUCAGGACGAUGUAAAGACAACAGCAGAGCCGGCGGUUCUCGAGGCAAAGGUUGAGAGUAAGGAGCAGAUCGCACCUGGCGAUACUACCGAGACAAAAUGCAAACCCGGAGAGGCGCCGGCUAAUGCGGCUGCUAAUGCAACCGCUCAGCCAGACGGACCUUUGACUUUGGAUGACAUCAAGGACACCGGCCGUGUUGGGCAUGAUUUGUACAAAUGUGGUUAUCUGGAAUGCAGUUUCACCGCACCCAGCGUAGCCUCGUUGAAAGUGCACAUCAAAACGUGUAAUCUUGGAGAGCCCAUCAAAAAUUUGUUUUGCCCGCAUUGCAAAAAACGAUUCGUUAAAGUUGGCCUGCUCCUAGAGCACAUGAAGACUCACGGAUUGAAGCGUUUUGGAUGCUCGAUGUGUAAAUUGAGAUAUCCGGUUGCGUAUCAGGCUACGGCUCACAUGAAGUCCAAACACAAAUUUCUCAACACGAAGUUGGUGCCUGCCGACCCAACAAACCCAUCAGUGGAUGGUCUCUUUAUCGUGCAAGCAGUGCCUUUUGGAUCUGCCGAACGAAGGACCAAGAAGCGUAAAGGUGCUAAGUCUGUAGCGGAACAGGAUAAUGAAAAAACUGCGGAUAACGAAAAACUGUCGUUCAGUCCCGACGAGAUAGAGCAGUUGCCGCGUCAGGCAAUUUAUAAUCGGGAGGUCCGGUGUGCCGUGUGUCCUUACACAACUAAAGUUCGAACAAACAUUAUCCGGCAUUUACAACUACACGCAAAAGACGAGACCGUGCCCGAGAGCGGCCCGGUCAAUCCUGUUCCCUGUUUAGAUAAGAAGGAAAAGAUGUUCGAUAAGAUGGUGAAUCUGGCGAGCAGCUCGCACCAAAACGGUCGUAUGGGUGGGAAAUCGAAAGAGCUUGUUAAGGAAAGCGAGAAGGAUGAUAGUAUACCGAAGUUUGUACCGGAAAACAAGAGAUAUGUAUGUAGCAUAGCCGAAUGUAAUUAUUUAACGGUGGACGAGGCGAUGUUGAGGUAUCACUUGAAGGCCCUGCAUUCGGACGAGCCAUAUUUCCGUUGUCCGCAUUGUCCCCCAUCGGUGCCGGGUCAAGAGAAUCAAAAUAUAGCGAUCGACAAAAUGGGCAUUCAUUUGAAGAUGCACGACACAAGACUCUACAAAUGCUCCCAUUGCAAUCAUCAUCAUUAUCAUAGGCACGUUGUGGAGCGGCACCUUACCGACAAGCAUCUGGAAAAGAGACCUUUCGUGAAAGUCAUAAGGGAACUGGAGAGCACGGAGAACGUUCAGCAACCGGUCCCGGAGGAGACCGGAGAGGAGGAGGUGCCCGACCCGGACGGUAAUCAUUGGAAAUGUAAUCUUUGCGAUUUCAAAUGUGUUUACAAGGCCGAUGUAGCCAACCAUGCUGAUACGGUUCACGGCGAGAGUGCUCAAUACAAGUGCACCCUGUGCUCGUUCAAAACGAGUGGCAAGAUAAUGCUCGAGCAGCAUUUAAAUAGCAAACACGCAUACGAUUCCAACGCCGAUUACAACAUAAUAUAUCAGAGGAUAAAAGGUGUCAACAAACGAAACACGGAAGCCGUGGUGGAGCAAGGCGGACAAGACGAGCCCUUCGACACGACGCCACUUUGGCGAAGAAACAUGCCGCGAGUUCGACAUAUUCGCGGAAUUCUUUUGGAGGAGGAAAUUGAAGAGUCCGCGACGAGCGAGACGUCGUCAGCUUCGAAAGUGUCUCUGGGCAAACGUAAGAGCGAUGUAGAGAUAGUGACGAAGCCGGCUAAAAUAAAAUCAACUGGGAAAUCGACGUCUCUCGAUGAGAACAGCAAGCAGUCGAAGGAGAAAUCAAAACGAUCGCUCUCAUGCGACAAAUUAUCCGUCGAGGCGGCAGGCGAGGGACAAGCUACGAAGGAAAGUGCACAUAGCAAAGUCAAUUCGCGUAGUGAUACCGGCAACAAGUCGGCGAAAGUCUUGAGAACAGACGCGGAUGAACUGAGUGACAUUAACGAUUCUGACAUGGGAACGUUUGGGCCUUACGGCAAACCGGAUGCCAAUCAGUAUGUCUGUACACUGUGUAAUCACUUCAAGACCAAGUACAAGCACGAUAUGAGAGAUCACCUUUAUAGGGAGUUGAACUAUCAAAGGUGGCAUUGUAAGGUUUGCGGAUACACAUCGAUAAAUCGUAAAGCAUUGCAGCAGCAUUUUACGAAACGUCAUAAUGGGGAGUGUGUGGAUCACGAGCCGCUUUCGCCGGACUAUACGAUUGAAAAUUGGGUGUCGACUUUAUUGACGAAACAAAUGGAUAUGAUCAAGGCGUCUCAAAACAUGAACGUUGUCUACAGAAGUGUCGCGAUACCUGUCAACCCAGAUGUCAGUUCCGUGAAAAUUCCUACCGACAAGAAGACCGUGAAUCUUGCACCUACGAUAUCUAAUCUGCAAAAUAAUAUUCUCGAAGACACUAAUAGAAGCAAUAUAGAUACUGAUGAUGGAGAUAGCCGAGACGAGGAUCUUAUAAUCGACAUGAAGGAGGACGAGGAUAAAAGCAGCGAGGACAAGUCCGAAAGUGACAAACGUGAUGAACUUGAGAAAACCGACGACGAUCUGGAGAAGCCGUUUGUCUGCAAGCACUGUAAGCUGACGUUCACCCGCCAGCGCGGACUGAAGAUGCACAUUCAGUUUUCACAUUUGAAACGGCUCGGCUUCCUGUGUCCUUAUUGCGACCGUAGCACCAACUCGGAGCCGAUGAUGCGUCAGCACAUCCGUGCGAAGCACCCGAACGACAAGGAGAAGAUUGUACACAAUCCAGACGCGUGGGGGAAUACGAGGUUGAGCGAUGAAUUUUGGUUAAAGGAAUACGGCCUUUCUCCAACGAAGAACAACAAGAGACGGAGGUUGAAUACGGAUAUCAGUUUCAGCAACAAUACGGCCACUACAAUAGCCGCUGCCACCCCUGCCCCUGCUCCUGCUCCUGCCCCUGCCGUCGCCGCUACCUCAACUGUUCCUGCUUCUUCCAGCACUCGCACAGAAAAGUGCGAGUUGUGCAGCUUCUCAGCCGUAAAUUACACUGGCCUGAAGAGCCAUAUGAGGACACACGCUCACAAACACAAUCUUAAGUGCCUGUAUUGCACCUACAGCUGUUCCUUUAAGGCAGAAAUGGUCGAGCAUUGGAAAAUAAAUCAUUUCUCGUUGCCGUUGAAAUUCAAGGAACUGACACCGAUAGUUGAUACCUCCUCGGGCGAGACGAAAAGUAAGCCGCCGACGUCUCAAACGAGGGACGCCGACGUGUCGAAGAACACGGUGGAGGAACGCGAGGCGUCGACCAUAAUCUACGGCUGCUUCUACUGUAAUCUUCGUAGCAUCUCGUUGUCGUCCAUCAGACAGCACUGGAAUCUCAUGCACAAGGAGUCAAAGGGUUCGGAAGCCACUGUCGGCGUAAAGUUUCCGUUUAAAUACAAGGAGAUAUCUGUGCAAAGAUUGUCGUCUAUAAACUCCGCGAAGAAAGACGUCAACGAGCAGAACCAAACGAAGAAGACUGAGAACUCGUCGCCUGUCACUCAACACGGAUGGAUUUGUCAGUGGUGCCAGGAACUUUGCAAGACCAACAACGAGAGGCAAAGGCAUCAGAACAUGUUCCAUUCGCAUCUACCACACAAGUGGCAGGAGAAGCGGCAGCAGCAGCAACAGCAACAACAGAAAGAGCAAGAUCAAUCACAAAGAGCGUCGGCAAAAUUGCCUGCACACAGUGCCGAGCACACGGGUCUCGCAACAAACUCGAACAAUACCUUCAAUUUGGUCGUGGAGAGCUUGAUCGCGAAACAUGUCAAGCAAAUCGACGAACCUGAUCCAAAAAACGAGGAUGGCCAGAGCUGUAUUUUGCACGUCUCGACUUCGAAGGGACAUCGCGGCGAUAAUCGCCAGGCUGUCGCGAAGAAAUCCACUACCAAAUCGGUCGUCUCGAGACCAGGUCCACGUGUAUACAAGGUUGUCGCGCGCAAGUCCACUAAUCCGAAGUAUCCACAAACUCUUUUUACGCCACGUCCGGUAGUGGAAAGCACAAACAUGAAUCUCGAGGAGAAAGAAGUGAUGCAGCGCGAGCCAGUCUCGUAUUAUGGAAUACCGAGCAGCCCGAUUAAUUUAGCCGAGUUAAACACGUACAUGGUGGUCGGGGGCCUCCGUAUGAGGGUAAACUGUCUUACUCUCGCAACACUGAUUAAUAUCAAGCCAAAAGUAUUAUUGAAGGACAUUAGAAAAGAUCCUGAAUACACCGCAAGCCUGUCAAACUUAGAUUAAUAUUAUAAUAAUUAUUCUUUGUAUCAUAUAGAUAUUAUUUUCGUGUCAUAUUGAGGUUCAGAUUUUUCUGUUAAAAAUAAUUUGUUGCCGAUCGUUGGAAAAACUAGUACAUAAGUGAAAUUGCAACAAAAACGUUCAGUUACAAUUACUGUCCGUGGUAAAACUGAUUUGCAAUGAUGAACAAUUUUUUUUUAACAAGUUUUAAUCUUUUUUUUUAUUAUUAUAGAACCAAAAAUCAUAAUGUAGCUUGUAUUUUUUGCUCCUAAUUUUAUUUCACAAAAUACAACGUGUACAUAUUAAAAGUGGAGAUAUGAUUGAAUAGAAUGUACAUUAGGAAAGAAGGGUGGAGCGACUAGUACAAUAUAAAGUCGUAUUUUAGUUUUAAAAUGUAUCAACUCAAGUAUAUGUUUGAUGUGAUACUUUUAUAUAUAUGAAAGGGUUGUUUGUUAAAAUCUUGAAUUAUUGUAAAAGUUACGUGUAACAUCACAGAUUUACAACGUGAAUUGCCGAAUAAUAGAAUAAAACUAUUUUUAAUACCUUUCAUAAAAUCACAAUUUUGUUAGUCGAUUUGUAUCAAUUAAUAAUAUAUAAUGUUCAUGUCAUUCAGAAUAACAGAAUAGUUUUAAUAUAUAUGUAUAUAUAUAUAAUUUUACGUUUCUUUUUUCGUACUGUGUAAGUAGUAUUAUACUUUAUCUCUAUAAAACAAAGAUGGAUAGUACGAACAUUUUGUCUAUAUUAGAUUUUACAUAUUAUUUCAGUAAUGAAAUUGCACUACACACGAACAUGCAGAAAUAGUCUUCAGUCACUAAAUUUUUUCUUCAUAAGAAUGAUUUUAGCAUAAUAGAAAAUAGCAAGCUUUUUUCUGUGAAAAUACAAGACUGACAAACAUCCUAUUAUUUUAAUGUAGUAGUUUUUAAAACGUUGUAAAUAUAUGUACCAUACCGUAAAUAAAUAUUUUUGAUUUUUAUAAAUCGACCAGUAUAUAAACAAAUAUAUCAAUAAUUACUUUAGUUUAAGUACAUUUUGAAGUUAUAAUAUUACUUUUUAACAUAAAAAGCAAGAAAAUCGGCACAUUUUGAUCGACAUUUGCACGAGUAUCUUUUUGCGUUUUCUUGUUGAAAAUAUGACACGUGGCAUUCAUAUUAUUUAUACAUCUAUGACUCCUUUCAUAUUUUCGAAGAUAUUUUGUACGUUCCUCAGCUUAGAUUUUGCGAUGGUAUAAAGUUUUGUAAGUAAAUGAAAUACUUUUUACGAAAGCAUUAUUUUUUAUUCAGUGUGAAAAUUCAUCGAAUUAUUAAAUAUUUACGUUAAAAGCAAAAGAUCAGGCGAUAUAUUUGAUUAACAAAUAUAA